AUGCGUGAUUUGGCUAAACAGAUACCUGAUUUCUUAAUUUAUUUUAUAUUAACCGUAACAGUAAUUUCUGGAAAAAGUGCAUCAAAAAUUGAUAUUCUUUUAAUGAUUAAAAAGAGCCCCUUUCUUUUACUUCCUGUUAACCUUGAUUUUUAAAUAAAUUGAUCUUUGCUUCUUUAACGUUAAUAAAGAACAAAGAACAGCAGCGCAGCCGCCCUUGUCAGUCACGCGAAUUUUAUUUUAUUAUUGUUUACUUGGUUAUGCCUUCUUCCUCUAUUUUCUUCUUUUUUAUUUAUUCAGCUGAUCAUUGGUCUCGAGGGGUUAUUUUUGUUUGUGACAGCCUGUAUAUAUUUGUGUAGCUGUUUUUUUAAACUUCCUUUUCCGAUUUUUAUUUCUCAUUAUUUAUCAUCAUCUUUUAUUUAUUGUGACUAUAUUUUGGUUCGUUUCUUUUAUUUAUUUAAACUCCAAAAAUUUUGUUUGUUUUUUAUUUUUAAAAUAUACUCAAACUUCGUUAUCAACUACUCCCGCCUCCUAAUUAACCCCAAUUUAUUAUACUUUUUUGAAAUUUGGUUUCGCAAUAAGCGGCUUUUUAUUUUAGAAGU